AUGAUGAUGAGUGCACCAAAACCUUCUAUCCUCGCAGCUUUGUCUUUAGCCCUUCUUUUCAUAUACUUCAAACUAAGCAACUGUAUCAACUGCCACGAAAUUGAAAAACAAUCACUUUUAAGCUUCAAACAAUCUCUAAAUGGCUCCGUAAACGUGUUGUCUUCUUGGGAUGCUAAAUUUGAUUGUUGCAAGUGGAAAGGUGUUGUUUGCAGCAACUUAACUGGCCGAGUUCUUCAACUCCAUCUCCAAGGUAAUUCUUUAGGUGGCAAAAUAAACUCAUCCUUGCUCAACUUGAAGCAUUUGAAAUAUCUUGACCUGAGCCAAAACAAGUUUGAGGAAGAAAUCCCAUUUUUCGUUGGAUCUCUCACAAGCCUCGAGUACUUGAAUCUAUCAUUUGCUGGAUUUUAUGGAAAUAUUCCCCACAAUAUUGGAAAUCUUUCAAAUUUGCACUCUCUAAGUUUGGGUACUUCAGAACAACUGCUGAAUGCUGAUGGUCUUGAAUGGUUGUCGGAACUUCGUAAACUAGAGCACCUCAACAUGAAUGGUGUGAACUUCAGCAAAGCAACCAACUGGGCACAACAGGUUAUCAACGAACUUCCUUCUUUAGUCGAGCUGCAUUUGAGUGGAUGUAAUCUUAAUUUUAUGGCUCCUCUGAAUGAUGUUAAUAUCAGCCGUUCUAAUUUAGCAACUCUUGAUCUCUCCUGGAACUACAAUUCCCUGUCUUAUGCCAUCAUUCCUCUGUGGGUUUUUCAACUCAGCAACCUUAUCUAUCUUGAUAUGAGCUCCAACUUAUUCGAAGGCCAAAUUCCAACUAUGAGCAACACCACAAAACUCCAAAAAAUUGAUCUCUCCAAUAACAAAUUGAAUUCUAGCAUUCCAGAGUGGCUCUACUCCUGCAAACACCUCCAGUACCUCGAUUUAAGUUUCAAUCAACUUUCUGGAAAAAUACCAAGAGAAAUUGCAAACUUGUGCAAUAUUCAGACCUUGAAUUUAUUUUAUAAUAAUUUGGGUGGAGAGAUAUGGGAUUCAUUUGGAAACAUGUCCGAUUGUUUCUUAGGAUCUUUGAAAUCUUUAAAUUUGUCUUUGAAUCAUUUCUCCGGUCAUCUGCCUCCUCAAUUUGGAGAAUUUAGGAGUCUUCGAUCCCUUCAUCUUUUUGGAAACUCAUUGUCCGGUGUAAUUCCAAACGAAAUAGGGAACUUGCUUUCUCUUGAAUGGUUAGAGUUGGGUAGUAACAAAUUGACAGGGGUUGUGACUGAAACCCACUUUGCCAAUCUCUCUAAUUUAAAAGUCUUGGAUGCCUCUGGAAAUCAGUUGAGUUUGAAAGUCAGUCCAAAUUGGAUUCCACCAUUCAAACUAGAGUCGCUUAGUCUAGGGUCUUGGGACUUGGGAACAGACUCUCGAAUUCCGUCAUGGCUUGAGACUCAGAAAGAGAGUAUAUCCAGUCUUGAUCUGUCAUGGACUGGAGUUUAUGGAAACGUUCCAAGCUGGUUAUGGAGUUUAGAUAUUCUCGACCUUUCUCAUAACCAACUCGACGGCAACAUUCCAGUCACCAGUUGUUCAUUUCUCGACUCGAGUUCCAAUAAAUUUAGUGGUCCAUUGCCUCGAAUUGGAAAAAAUGCUUUUCACUUAAAUCUCUCUAAUAACUUAUUAUCGGGAGAUUUAUCACAACUUAUCUGCAACACAACACCCAAUGCUAUGCAAUUCCUUUAUCUUGAGGGAAACCACCUGUCUGGAGAGUUACCUGAUUGUUUCAUGAAAUGGCAAUCAUUGAUAGCGUUGAACUUAGGCAACAACAAAUUGUUUGGAAAAAUACCGAAUUCCAUAGGAUUUCUUAAUUGGUUAGAGGCUUUGACUCUACACAGCAACAACUUCUCUGGCCACUUACCUUCUUCAUUGCAAAAUUGCGCGAACCUAGUGAAGAUUGACUUUUCUGAUAACAAUCUUGGUGGAGACAUACCGAAAUGGAUUGAUACAAGAUUUAACAAGCUGAGGUUUCUCAUUUUGCGGUCAAACAAUUUCAGUGGUGAAAUUACUCCAUCCAUUUGUCAGCUAACCUCUCUUCAAAACUUGUAUCUCUCUCAUAACGGACUUUCAGGGAGAAUGCCUACUUGCCUCAACAAUCUUACCGCAUUGACUGAAGAAGGAAUUUCGGAUACUGUUGCUGAUAUUUCUACAUAUAAGGAAAGGGCAUCAAUUGCCACAAAGGGACGAGAACUCACUUAUGGCUCCACUCUCUUUCUGUUUAAAAAUAUUGACCUUUCUAUGAACAAUUUGUCUGGUGAUAUCCCAAUGGAGAUAACAAGUCUAGUUGAACUCAGAUCACUUAACCUGUCACGAAAUCAUUUAACAGGAUCAAUCCCAGACAACAUUGGAAACAUGAAGCAACUCGAAUCUCUUGAUUUCUCUAUGAAUUCACUCUCUGGCAACAUUCCAGGUAGCAUGUCAAUCAUGACUUCUUUGAAUUACUUGAAUCUGUCAUAUAACCACUUGACAGGGACAAUCCCACAAAGCACCCAAAUUGGGAGCUUCAACGAAUCAAGCUUCGUUGGCAACAAUCUUUGUGGCUUUCCACUAAGGAUUUCUUGCAAAAAUGAUGGUAAUGUUUCUGUCCCGACACACAUGGAGAAUCAAGGCCAAGAAAGUAAAAAGCGAGAGAUUGAUUGGUUUUACGUAUUCCUAUCUUUAGGGUACGCUCUUGGGGUUUGUGCUGUCCUCUCUGCAUUGUUUUUUAAGAAGAAAUGGAGGGAAUCUUAUUAUGGGUUCUUUCAGAAACUGUGGGACUGUGUUUAUGUGUAUUUCAUUAUCCAAUGGAGGAGGCUCAUGAGAGUGUUGGGUCGAAAUCCCUAA